CACUCACUCGACUGCCAGUCUCUCCCGCCGCUCAUGCUGCCGCUUACCAGUGAGCGCGCUUAGAGCCGAGCGUGGGCACGCGGCCGGCCACGAGCGAGAGAGACCACCUGCUGACCGGGGUAGGGGGUGGGGAAGGGGGGGAGAAGGAACCCGGACGUGUUUCCUUCAGCCAGCCAAGCAGUAACAGCCACCAGUUCUAUCUCCGCCCACUUCCAACUCCCUCCCCUCGUGCCCUUCCACUUCCGCAAGGCUGCCUUCCUUUCCUCCCUCCUCCUUCUCUUUUCCCCUCCCCGGCCUGGGGUUGCGGAGCAAGAAGAGGGACGUAAGAGAAGGGAGGAAGGGGGAGGUAAAAAAAAAAAAAAGGAAACCAGUAGCCGGCCGAGCGAGGGAGAGCGCGCCCCUGGCCAAAGCAGGGAUUAAAGACACACAGGAGCCUUCAUGGAUAUAGUUGAUACAUUUAAUCAUUUAAUUCCUACUGAACACUUAGAUGAUGCCCUAUUUCUAGGAUCCAACCUGGAGAAUGAAGUCUGUGAGGAUUUUAGUACAAGUCAAAAUGUCUUAGAGGAUUCGCUGAAGAACAUGCUCAGUGAUAAGGACCCUAUGCUAGGAUCUGCAAGUGCUCAGUUCUGUUUGCCUGUUUUGGAUAGCACUGACCCCAAUUUCCAGAUGCCUUGUUCAACAGUUGUUGGACUUGAUGAUAUUAUGGAUGAAGGAAUUAAGGAAACUGCCCACAGUACCAUUGAUGAAGAUGAUCUUUCGCCUAACAGGAAUUUGAGAGACCAAAUGGAUGGAACUUCAGUCAGAUCGCCAAGAAAAUCUCCACGUUUAAUGACACAAGAACCAGUACGAAGUCUGCGGCAGAGCACACUAGCCAAACGUUCAAAUGCUUCACCCUCUGUUAACACAAAAAAAUCAGCUGUAAAGUCUGGAUCGGCUCAAAAAGGAGGACUGAAACAGCAGGAUAAAGGGCAGACUAAACGGGAAGAUAGUAAUCCACAAGAGCAUUCAAGAGAUGUUGAGCACAGUAGUAACAAGCCCUGCCAACAACAAGAGGCAACAGAAUCAUCUCCACCUUCUACCAAUGCAGAAUGGGUUGCAUGUUGGGCAAAUUCAGAUGACGUCAAAGCAGAUAGUGAACAUAAAAUUCCUAAUGAGGCAACAAUAGAUGAAGCAUCUAAUAAAGUAGGAAAUUCUUCUGAUUUACCAGGGAUCAAUUCCCCAGCUAAAGAAAUGGAAAGUGGGACGGAGGUUGAAUUAGAAUGUGGUAGUGAUGGAAGAGGCUUGGAAGCACCUGCCUUUACAGAGACUGAAAAAAUACAAAAUAAUAGUCCUGUUAAAAAUGAGGGGAAUGAAACCAUAGUUAAUAAAUUCACUUCUGAAAUGCCCUCUGAGGAAAAGGCAGACAAUAAAACUGAGGAAGAAGUGAAGGAAGCUCAAAUGGAAGAUGAAGGCAAGGAAACUGGAAUGGCUGGUAUGCCUUUUGUUACAACAGCUUAUGAGAAUGCAAGUGAAAUUCAGGAAACCUCUUCAGUUCAGUCCAAUUUUGUUGAUGGAAAGCCUGAAUACGGCUCAAGCUUACAAGCUAGCGGGGAUAUUGCUCAUCAAAUUAGCUUGCCAGAAGUCAAAGAAGAGCCCUUAGAUGACCCAAAAAAAGCUGAGUUGAAAGACCCUCCCUGUAGCAUAGAACUUGAGCAGAGUGAUUCAAAAAACAUUGAUACCACUUCUGCCAAAUCAGAAACAAACACUUUAGAAGAUGGUACUGUUCAACACAUUCCAGUCCAAGCUAUACAUCAGGAGGCUGACAGUGCAAAAAUGGGAGAACAUGAGUCACCAGGCUUGCAGGAAGAUGGGCAUACUGGCAUUUCAUCAAAAUGUGUGAAAACUGUGAAGCCCAAACAUACCAAAUCUAAACAAAAUAAAACUAUAGCUGCCCAACAAAAAAUAGUUUCCUUGAACCAAGGGGUACACCCUAAAAUGCAUCUUGUGCCAAGUGUUCGCAGUCAGUCUUCAGUAAGUCUGAAACGUCAAGUGGAGGACCAAGGGGAUCUGCAGCAUUUUCAUAAGCCAGUGAAAGUUAAGAAAAAACAUGCAGAGAAGGAUGUGAAGGCCCAGAGCUGUGAAUCUGGAAUGGCCAUAAAGAAGCCUCCCCACUUAUUGGGGAAAAACAUUCCACGGAACCAAAUCGCAGCACAGGUACGGAAGAUGUCAACAGAGAGAGCAAGUGACAAAUCCUCCAGCCAUCAUGCUAGUACAAAAGAAACUUCAUCUAUAGUGUCGGGACCAGCACAUACCAAGCAAGGGCAAUUGCCACACCACAACCAGAAGCAGUUACAGAAACCUCAGCUUCUUAAAACCAAUAAUUGUAUUAAGGAAGAGGGAGGGAAAAAAGAUUCCACAGGUGUACCUCUGGAUUGUUUGAAAGAGGAUGAAAAAGAAAGACUGAAACUCAGAAAGUUAGAAAAAAACCUUCAGCCUCGACAGAGGAGAAGCAGUAGAAGCCUUUCAGUUGAUGAGCCACCGUUGUUCAUUCCAGAUAAUAUCUCUACUAUAAAAAGAGAAUGCUCAGAACACCUAUCUCCCAGUGAAAGCAGAAGUCUCUGGGUACCUAGUAAGCAGUGUGGGUUUUGCAGAAAGCCACAUGGCAACAGGUUUAUGGUAGGCUGUGGUAGAUGUGAUGAUUGGUUUCAUGGUGACUGUGUUGGAUUGAGUCUUUCUCAAGCACAACAAAUGGGAGAAGAAGAUAAAGAAUAUGUAUGUGUGAAAUGUUGCGCUGAAGAAGACAAAAAACCAGACCCACUCAAUCAAAAUAUGCUGGAUGCGCAAGUGAAACUGGAGACAACUCAAGAAGGUAGAACAAUGGAAUGUGAAAAGGCUGGAAUAGCAAAGCAAACCUCUAUGUGCCCUCAAAAUAAAACAAAGCAGGGAGAAGAUACUGUGAAGCACAAGGUCAAAAUUUUUAAGCGGGAAUCUGGUGAUGGAAAACCAGUAUCAGAAUGCAAAGAUUCUGAAACGAAAAAAAGGCAGCAGAUUCCUGUGAGGAAAACAGGACAAAUGGUUGCAGUUCCUCAGCGGUCAUCUGAAGACAAACAUGAAAGAAUGAACAAAGACACUCUUAAUGUUUCUUGUUCAAGUGAAAGCACAACAAAACCUGGUGUUCAGGAUAAACAGGAAGUCAAGAAAAAGAAAACGGAGAAGUGUGGAGCAGCCAGUAAUGUACACCCACCUACUCCCCCUGCAUCCAAACCGUCUGCUGAUCAAAUAAGACAAAGUGUUAGGCAGUCGCUUAAAGAAAUCCUGGAGAAAAGACUUGCAGACUCCACAUUGAAGAUCCCUGAAGAAAGAGCAGCAAAAGUUGCAACUAAAAUUGAAAAACAACUGUUUUCUUUUUUCCGGGACACAGAUUCCAAGUAUAAGAAUAAAUACAGAAGCUUGAUAUUCAAUCUGAAAGAUCCGAAAAACAAUAUACUUUUUAAAAGAGUAUUAAAAGGUGAAGUUACUCCAGAUCAUCUCAUACGAAUGAGUCCAGAAGAACUGGCUUCCAAAGAAUUGGCUGCAUGGAGGAAAAGAGAAAACAGACAUACAAUUGAAAUGAUUGAAAAAGAGCAAAGAGAAGUUGAAAGGCGACCAAUUACAAAAAUUACUCAUAAAGGAGAAAUAGAAAUUGAGAGUGAAACUCCAGUAAAAGAGCAAGAAGCACCAAUGGAAAUUCAGGAACCUCCUCCUCCAGUUAAGACUGUGGAGAAGAUAGAGGAGACUGAAAAAGAUAAAGAAGUGGAUGAAUCUGCUGCUUCCGAUACAACAAAUCAACAUAAAAACCAUCUGUUUGAUCUAAACUGUAAAAUUUGCAUAGGUCGAAUGGCGCCACCUAGUGAUGACCUUUCUGGGAAACAUGUGAAAGUAUCAGUUGGAGUUGCCCGUAAACCAUCAGACAAUGAAGCUGAAAGCAUAGCGGAUGCACUUUCUUCAACAACAAACAUUUUAGCUUCAGAAUUAUUAGAGGAAGACAAAGAAUUGCAGAAUCCAGCACUUGCCUCUACUUCAAGCUCUAGAUCAGAAACGCCUGGCACUGUAGAAAGUGAAACACUAUUUCUAGCUCGUCUGAACUUCAUUUGGAAAGGCUUUAUCAACAUGCCAUCAGUUGCAAAGUUCGUUAUCAAGGCUUAUCCGAUAUCUGGCUCUUUUGAAAGUUUAACAGAGGUAGAUUUGCCAGAUAGUAUCCAAAUAGGUGGCAGGAUAUCACCUCAGACUGUUUGGGAAUAUGUUGAAAAAAUAAAAGCCUCUGGGACAAAGGAAAUCUGUGUGGUUCGUUUUACCCCUGUGACAGAAGAGGAUCAGAUUUCAUACACUUUGCUCUUUGCAUACUUCAGCAGCAGAAGGCGUUACGGUGUAGCAGCAAAUAACAUGAAGCAAAUCAAGGAUUUAUAUAUUAUUCCUUUAGGUGCCUCUGAUAAAAUUCCACAUCAGUUGGUGCCUUUUGAUGGUCCUGGGAUUGAAGUGCACCGACCCAAUUUGUUGCUGGGGUUGAUCAUUCGGCAGAAGCUAAAAAGACAGGUCAGUGCUGUCACUAAUACAAGCCCUAGUCCUGCUGAAGAAAGUCCAGAAAGUUUGCCACCAGAAAAAAAAAGUAAACUGAGCAAACCUGAAGCUCUUCAAUCUGAAUUAGUGGAAAAAGAAGAAGAGAAUGACUUCUUUAACUCAUUCACAGCUGUGUUACACAAACAAAGGAACAAGCCACAACAGUCUAAUGCAGAAGAAGCAACAGUAAGUGAACCUGCUGUGGAGAACAUCAAGCUUGAACCACCAAAGCCCCUGCGGUUUCUACCCGGUGUUUUGGUUGGAUGGGAAAAUCAGCAAUCUGCUCUUGAGCUAGCAAGUAAACCGCUGCCAGUAGAUGACAUUCUUCAAAGCCUUUUGGGUACUACAGGCCCGAUGUCUGAACAUGUCCAACCGGCAAUAGACCAGUUUGCUAGUGAGGAUCUGCCUCUAUUAGAUAUACAGGCAAGCCUAAAAGAAGGACUGGAUAUUCCUCUAGUAAAUGCUGGAACUGAAGAAACUAAGGGUGAAGAGGACAAUUCAGAAGAAUCCAUUGAUAAUCCCUUAGUAGCUGAUACACUAGAAGUAGAUGUCUCAUGCUCGUCAGAAAAUCUGGCAAAUAUAAGUCUUAAGGGCAAACCCCCAGAUGUUUCUACUGAAGCAUUUUUAGCAAACCUGACGAUUCUGUCACAAAACAAAGAAACCAAAGAUAUUCCAGAAAGCACUCUAAGGUUGGGUGAUACUGAUAAUGUUUCUCAGGAAAGUAAAAGGGCCACAGAUUUUCCUGUCUCAUCAAGCAUGGGAAAAGGAGUUGGGAGCAAUAAUGCUGGUACAGCAUCUGUUGAUAAUAUGGCUAUUAAUAGUUCACAGUUCAUUAAUCUUAAAAGGGACCCAAGGCAAGCAGCAGGGCGAGGCCAACAGAACAAUGCUUCAGAAAAUGAAGGUGACAGUAUUAAAUACGAAGAAAUACAAAAUAGUCAAGAACCAGACACUUUAGAAGCUGAGCAGGCAAAAGUAGAUAAUAAACAGCCUCUAGGAAAUGACCAACCCUCAGAUCAAAGUGAAAGUCAAGCAUGCAAGAAGGCUUUGGUUUCAGCUGCAGCUAAAGUAGACAGUGUGUGUUCCUCACAGCUGGAAGAUACAAAUCAGUUGCACGAAGAAGCACUGAUGCAAAGCAUUGAGACAGUACAUUCUGUUAGAAGAGGAUUACUGCCCCCGCCAUCAUCAUCUCAGUUUGAAGCGGAUAAUUCUUGCCAUCUUGAAUUCGGUACCAAAAUACCCAGUCCUGUUGCAAGUGGAAACUUCCCACCGAUAAGGACUCCACAGCCCAAUUUUCAGCACACUAAAACUUCUCCGACUGGUUUUCAGUUUCAAGGGGCUAUUGCCCCUACCUUUCCUCCCCAAAAUAAUCCUGUAUUUGGGUUUCCCCCUCAUCUGCCCCCUCCACUCCUUCCUCCUCCAGGCUUUGCCUUUGCUCAGAACCCUCUGAUGCCGUGGCCCCCUGUUUUACAUCUGUCAGGUCAGCCCCCACAUUUUGUUGGACCAGUUACACCGGCACCACCCCUGGCUCACAAGCAGUCAAGAUUCUCAGGGCCAGAACACUUUUACCAGAGUAGAGACACUAGGAGACCAGAAAGACGUCACAGUGACCCUUGGGGUCGGCAAGGCCCGUAUGUAGAGAGAGCAUUUAGUAGAAGGAAAAGUGACCAGCAUAGGCAGAGAUUUUACAGUGAGUCCCACUACCCAAAAAAGGGCAGGCAUGACUGGGAGCCUGAUUCUGAAAGAAAUAGGCAUAGAGAUAGAAAUCAGGAUAAAGAAAGAGAGAGAAAAAGCAAGGAGGAAGGGCAUCGGGACAAAGAGAGGUCACGACUUUCGCAUAGUGAUAAGGACUCUGAAGGCAAAUCCUUGAGAGAAAGUAGGAAUCCUGAAAAAAAGGAUGCUCCUAAAAGUGAUGACCGUGCUCAUGAGAAGGAAAAAGAGAGAGAGAAAAGUAGGGAGAGGCAUAGAGAACGGGAGAGUGAAAAGUCCCGAGAUAGACAUCACAAAGACAGGGACCACAGUGACCGAGGGAAAAGCAAAAGGUAAUAGAAAAAAGAAAAGGAAAAAAAGUGGGGGGGCACAGUCAUAUCUUCUAAAGUUUUUAAUGAACAAGAAUUAAAUCUGUUUUAAAUGCGUCCUAAAACUCUGUAAAAAGUUAUGCUUGGGUAUCAUUGUGCCAUCAAUUCUUUUUUUUUACAUAUUCAGUGUUUAGUGUUUUGUAGGAACAAGUCUGGUUGGGUACCAAUCUGUGUACCACUUACCCAUUUUCUUUUACAUUCAACUGCCCUAGGAGUUGAGGUUGAAUAGUUCAGAUUUUUACAUUGCUUGUAUAGCCAAUAUUUUAAGAGUUUUUCUUUAAUAUGCAAUAAAAGGCACAUAAAAGUUAUUGGUCAAAUUUGGCUUCAGUUAACAUAUUUGCAGCCUUCGGUGAUUUGUGUUAUCUGUUUGAAGAUGUUCCAGUAACUAUAAAGGAGAAUUUUGUACCAUUUACUCUUCUAAAAUUGCACUGGCUGCUUUUUAAAAAUUGAACUGUGGCACACACUCAGAAACCAAGUUUGAAUGCAACACACGGAAUACCUGAAUAGUGUUGAAGACUUUCAAAAGACAAGCAAAGGGGGGGGGGGAAGCAAGCAGUAUUUAUCAUCAGAUUUCCCCCGAUGCAUCUGAAACUGUUGAUGAACAGAAAUCAGAAGGCUGCAUGAUCCAAAUUUUAUUGCUUUAGGACAUGCUUCUUUUAAUAAGAUUUUUUAAAAACAUCCUUUAGCCUUUAAUGUUAUAAUUUGUAUUAAUUUUCCAACCAUUUCUCAUGCUUCAAAAACUUGAAUACCUAAGCUUGUACAUGACAUUGUGCUUUACUAUCCUUUAUAUUGUAAAAUGUAAAUAUUUUAAGGGAUAUUUUGAUUCUACAAAUGAUAAAACCUUCUCACAGCUGUUGUUUGUUUGAUUUUAAUUGAUGUGAAGCAAUAGGCUAAACUGAUAUAACAGAAAGAUGUAUAAAUGUGGCUUGGCUUUACAGUUCAUGACUAGUAAUUUUUAACAGCCCUAGGGUUUUUAAUAAAUCAGUAAAAUUUUGUGAUUUUCUGUGGAAAAUUAUAGUAUAUUGCUGUUUCUGUUGGAUACCAUUGCACUAUUCUGUUCAACAUCCUGUUCUGAAGUAUUUAGUAAAAUUAAGAGCAUUGUGCAUAAAGAACCUUCUUGAGUAAAUCGCCUUAUCUAUGAACAUAGAUUUUUGCACUUUGGUAUCAAAAGAAACUUCCUUCCAGUAAUAUGUGAUUAAAGCAAAUUGUUAGGCUAUUUUAAAAUCCUAUUUAAAUAUAACAGCCGGUUUGCAAACCUUGCACAUGGCUUUAUAUAGUCAAAUUAAAAAUGCUAUACCAUACAA